CGAAAUUCUCUUUUGGCUCAACUUUCUUGGGUUACCCCUCCUCAAAUUUCUGCUGAGAACGCGACACCAAUCACUGUUCAUCCUCUGCCGUUAGAAGACAGUUACAAGCCAAAAGAAGAAACUGCAUUGGGAACUGGGUCCGGUUCUUCAAAUGGUUCCGCUUCAAGUCCAUCAAAAGAUCAUGCCCUCCAUCAAUUUCCCGAAAUCAAACGAAGAAAGAGACAUAGGAGAAAGCAAGUGGAAAACCAAGAGCCGUGUAUCAUGAGAGGUGUCUAUUUCAAGAAUUUGAAAUGGCAAGCUGCCAUUAAAGUCGAUAAGAAACAGAUCCAUUUGGGUACCGUUGGCUCUCAGGAAGAGGCUGCUCGACUGUAUGACAGCCAGAGACGAAAUGGGAGUUUGCGAAGAAAACAUGAAGACAACGAGUGGGUAGGCGAGCAAGUGCGCAAUGGCUUUUCAGCCUCAGAAGACGAUAUGUUAGCACCU